UCUGUGUUUGCAUCUGGACCUGAGUGAAAGUUGGAAAGACAGCUACAAGUCAGAGGAAUUGCGCAUUCUGCAUUUCGAUUUACGCGAUAUAGAACAGUACACAUUGGCACCGGGAUACAGUGCACCCAACUGCGCUGCGCUGAACUGCUUCAUUAUUUCAAACACAGCAUUUUCGAAAUAGACCGCGGAACAAGAUCUCUCUCUCCUUUUCGAAAUAGACGUCUAGACAACAUCAUACCAACAUGUCAUCUACAGCAACGCCGCUCGUCCCCAUCGUCGCCGUAUCGGCCGCUAUACCUCUCCUUCUUGCGCUUCGAGGGCAGUCGCUGAGCGAGAUUCCUUCGGCAGUUAUGCGGACACUGUCUCUUGACGGGACCGGUUCGGUGUGGAAGAUUUUGGCAGUGAUAUUUGCGCUGCUGAAUAUCAAAAGUUUGCCUUUUGUUUGGCAUCUCCGCGUCUUCUCCGCCCUCGGACAGCAUUUCUAUAUCCAACCCAAGAAACCCUCGCCAUCAAUCCUCUUCAAGACGCACAUUCUGCGCUCUCGUUCACCGGCCUUUGAGUGCGACUACAAUAUCCAUAAAUCCAAUUCCACAUAUUUUUCCGACUUGGACGUUAGUCGGACACACGUCGUGGCGUCAGUGCUGCGACACGCCAUCGUUGAGACCGCGCGGCUGACUGAACUGCCCGAUCCUUCUUCAUCCGGCGCCUCAAACUCGACUAUCCCAGCAAAGGGCAAAUUCGCAAUCGCUCUUGGCGCCGUCGCCGCCGUGUUCCGCGCUGAAAUCCAACCAUACCAAGCAUAUGAAAUCCGCAGUCGCGUUCUCACGUGGGACCGCAAAUGGGUGUACAUCAUCAGUCACUUUGUCCAGGCUCGUCCUCGUCCCACUCUCCUCUCCAAGAUCUUUGGCGGCGGCGGUCGUCGCGGCAGUAAAUCAGCUUCAUCCUCUUCCUCCUCCUCCUCCUCUGCGGCCGAGAAACCGCCCAAAAUCUACGCAUCCGCGAUUGGAAAAUACGUCCUCAAAAGGGGCCGUCUGACUGUCCCGCCGGAACUUGUCCUGUCCAAGGGCGGACUGUUGCCACCCAAACCUGCCGACUUUCCAUCAUCAUCAUCAUCAUCAUCGCCAUCUCCCAUCUCCUCAGCGUUGUCAGUCCCGUCUGGCGCGUCACAGACCCCGUCGUCAUUGUCCUCCUCACUACCCUCCGCAUCAGCAAGCCCAGCCACUCCCGCUGAAGCCUCUGCCGAGUCCUCAACCAGCAAUCUCAAUGGCGCCGUCGAAGGCGCAGUCUUCCAACUUUCCACCGAAGGCGCAGAAGCCGUGCUCGAUGAUUCUCUUGAGCCCGCGCCUACGUCUUCCCGCCAGGAGUUCGCAGACGAAUCCAAGCCUGCCGGGAAAGCAAACGCGGAGGAGUGGACAUAUGCACGCAUUGAAGCCGAGCGGGUCCGCGGUCUGCGUGUAGUAGAGGCGUUUGCCGCAUUAGAUGCAUUGCAGCAUGUCGAUGUUGAUUUUUCUUAGGUUUCAUUUUUUCUGAGAUUUAUUGAUGCGAACUAGGUUUUGUUGCAUAGGUCUAUGGCUUUGAUUCUAUUUCUUACGUCUAUGAUCUGGUUUUGUUGCACGGGCGUGAAUUGAAGUAUUUUGCAUACCUUCGUCUAUGAGUCGCGUUCUUGUGCGCAUAAGGAUACAGUUCACCUCUAGAAGGUGGACGGCACGCAUGCGGGAUCAGAUCUGGGAUUCUAUCUGUUG